CUCUUGUAGGCGUCGACUCCAGCUCUCCUUGAGGAAGCUCACCCUGACCACUCAUAUUUUCUUCUCAUGAGCAUCCGCAUCCGAGCAUCAAUAUGAUGCCGUAUUUACUUCCCGGCUUACCGUAGUUGUCCGACGGCGUCGUGCAAGAAAGGAUUAUCGGCACCUGCCGUUUUCGUGCUCGAUUGUCUUGGGCACGGCGAGCCGCGAGAUCCGUGAACGCGCCGGAGCAGCUUCAGUAAUGACACCGAAAUUCAGACUGUCCCGGGCCUGAUAAACGCUCCCUCUUCAAGAAGGCCUGUUCACGUCCACAGCGGCGUGACACCCCUGCAGCAUCUGUCCACUUCCUGCAUCCCGCUUGCUCUUCUGUCAUGUCAAGCCCUAGCAGCAGUCCGGAGAGAGAGGGAGGCGUGGUAGCUUCUGUCCGGCUCGAGGAUCUCUCAUCACCUCAGGGCUUGGAAACUGACCCUCCAUUUGUCGGCAGUCCGUUGCUCAGUCCGGACUCGAGUUCCCAUGAUGCUGCGCUCUCUGCGCCGGCGGCUUCCCCGGCUGAUUCAGAAAACCUCAGUCCAGAUGAGCUCGAGCUUCUGGCUAAACUGGAGGAGCAGAACAGGCUGUUAGAGGCCGAUUCGAAGUCCAUGCGCUCCAUGAGUGGAUCUCGGAGGAAUAGUGGCUCCUCUCUGGUCUCGAGCUCAUCUGCAUCCUCCAACCUGUCCCAUCUGGAGGAGGACACCUGGAUCUUGUGGGGUCGCAUUGUUAAUGAGUGGGACGAGUGGAGGCGAAAGAAGGACAAACUUCUGAAGGAGCUAAUAAGAAAAGGCAUUCCUCAUCAUUUUCGAGCAAUCGUUUGGCAGCUGUUAUGCAACGCCACUGAAAUGCCGGUGAAGAAUCAGUAUUCCGAACUCUUAAAGAUGUCUUCUCCAUGCGAGAAGCUCAUACGCAGGGACAUUGCCCGCACGUAUCCCGAACACGACUUCUUCAAGGGCCAGGACAGCCUGGGACAGGAAGUUCUGUUUAAUGUCAUGAAGGCGUAUUCUCUCGUGGAUCGAGAGGUCGGCUAUUGUCAAGGCAGCGCCUUCAUCGUUGGGUUGCUACUAAUGCAGAUGCCAGAAGAGGAGGCUUUCUGUGUGUUUGUCAGACUGAUGCAGGAAUACAGGCUUAGAGAGCUGUUUAAGCCCAGCAUGGCUGAGCUGGGUCUCUGCAUUUAUCAAUUUGAAUACUUGCUACUGGAGCAGUUGCCCGAGCUGAACGUUCAUUUCCGAUCUCAGAGUUUCCACACAUCUAUGUACGCUUCAUCCUGGUUUCUCACCCUCUUCCUCACUUUCUUGCCAAUGCCGAUAGCCACACGUAUAUUUGACAUCUUUAUGUAUGAGGGUUUGGAGAUUAUAUUUCGAGUUGGAAUAGCGAUACUGCAGUACAACCAGACAGACCUCAUACAGUUGGACAUGGAGGGAAUGUCACAGCACUUUCAGAAGAUGAUUCCCCACCAGUUUGACAGCUGCCCGGAUAAACUCAUCCUGCGGGCUUAUCAGGUCAAAUACAAUCCCAAGAGAAUGAAAAAAUUAGAAAAGGAGUACACCACCAUCAAGAACAAAGAAAUGGAGGAACAGAUUGAGAUUAAGAGACUGCGUACAGAAAACAGACUACUAAAACAGAGGAUCGAAGCACUGGAGAAAGAGAGUGCUGCAUUAGCAGACAGGUUGAUUCAGGGUCAGGUGACACGAGCCCAGGAGGCAGAGGAGAACUAUGUUAUUAAGCGCGAACUGGCCGUUGUUCGGCAGCAGUGUUCGACCACCAGCGAGAGUUUGGAGAAGGCGCAGGAGACCAUACGAGAACUUCAGCAACACAAGUACACAGAGGAGUUUGUGAGCGACCUGCAGACUCAGUUGGAACGGUCUCGGCUGCAGGAGGCAGAACUACUCGGCGCGUUGAAAGAAAUGCAAGACAAAGUGCUGGACAUGGAGAAGAGGAACAGCUCGCUGCCGGAUGAAAUCAAUGUAGCUCAGCUUCAGGAGGAGCUCAAGCUUGUGAAACUGAGAGAGCAGGAGACUCUACGCUCCUUCAAAGAGAUGCAGGAGGCCGUGACUGAUCUCAACCACUGCUGGCAGCAUCACACAUCUCGUGGAGGAGGAGGUCACUGGAAGGAAUCUCCGAAGAAGAAUGCAUUGAAUGAGCUGCAGGAUAAACUGAUGGGCAUGAGGCUUCGUGAGGCUCAGACUCAGGCUGAACUCAGAGAGGUCAAACUUAAAAGCCUGCAGCUGGAGACCCAGAACCAGAUCAAUUGUAAAGCAGUCAGUAGACAUGAGCAGGAGAGCGCCGCCCUGCAGGAGAGGCUGCAGAAUGCGCUUUCCUACAACAAAACACUACAAAGUCAAAUGAAUGAAAUGAAGAGAAAGCAGUCAGAGUCUGACUGUAAGAGCAAAGAAGAGGUGAUGGCCGUGCGGCUGAGAGAAGCUGACAGUAUGGCGGCGAUGGCCGAACUCCGACAGAAGAUCGCCGAUCUUGAAAUACAGAAAGAGGAAGGCCUGAUCCAGGGCCAGCUGAACCACUCCGACUCUAGACAGUAUAUAACUCAACUGAGACAGCAGAUCUCUGAACUCAAGAACGAGAUCAGGCAGCUGCGUGGACAGCCCUCCAAGUUCCAGAAUACUGGCGUUUUCCAGGACCUGUGUUUGGCCAGCCCGGCGUCCGCGGAAGGGGAUUAUCCCAGCUCGGACGAGGACCCUCUUCAUGGCCACUUACCUGUGAGCGCCCUGUACCCACACCACUCGUCGCCACGUCUGGACAGUCAGGGUAGCACGGACAGCGACGGUGAGGAACGGAAUCAACUCGAGAAUUCCUGCCAAGACGCUUUGGCCAACCAGCAGCAGCUUUACCCGGGCAUGGUAUGUGCCGAAGAACUAGAAAAUUGAGAUUCGUUGAAAGGGUGGGCAAGAGGACGUGAACGGAUAGAAAGAGACAACAAUAGACUGCAUAGCAGCGCAUGCAUGCAUUGCGUGCGAGAGAGAGAGAUACAUUCACCCAAAUUCUGUCAGAGGUACGGCAGGAAACCGAUGCAUAGCGCCACACUCUCAUAGUAUACUACACACUCACUCAUCUCUUUCUCUCUUUCUUUUGUCAUUUAGUGACUACGUGUAUUUCUUGAAUUAUUUACCCCUAUAAAGCACCAGAUUCCACGUGCACAUGCAUGAACGGGGUCCAAAAAUAACAAUUGGGAAGGUUUUUUGACCGUACAUAUCUUUUAGCGUGUGUUUGUGUGUGUAUAUAUUUUUCUGUAAAUAAUACUUUUUGGUACCAAAUGGUUUUUUUUAGGUUCUUUUCUUGUUUCUCCUUGAAAUUGCACUUGUCACAACGCAUAUUUUCUUUCUUAUUUUUAUUAUAUUAUGUGCCUCUAGGUUAACCUAGAGGGUAAACUAUCUUCUGAGGGUGAAGUUCUUAGAAGACUCGACUCAAUGUUUGUGUCUUUGAUUUAAAUUGCACGUGUCACUUUGGUCCGUCAGACAUGUUCUUGCAGUUCAAUUUGGACAUGUUUUAUGUUGCAGUUCCUCAUGAAGUUACCAGCAAGCUGGUUUCAUUUACUAACCGAACCCAAACUCAGUUUUUACUUGAAUCUGACGAGUGUUAAUUUUGGACCCUGUUGGGGGAUUGAUCACAUCAAGAAUGAAAGUUUGUGUUUACUUAAUGUAUGUCUGUGCAAUGUGCAUAUUUAUUUAAUAUUUUUAAACACAUACAUGUAUACAUUUUGCUCAUAUUUGCAUGAUCGGAUGGAUUUUAUUUAUCAUUUAAAUUAAAUAUAAAAAUGAAUAAAUGCUUAUAUGUAAACAUGUAUGUGUUUAUAAAUUCCAACUUAAUAUGCAUAGUACCAAGACUUAUAUUGUGUAAAGUAAAAAACUUUAUUCUGGAUGCGAGGUUCAACUCUGACAUCAGUGCCAGAAAGUUGAUUGUUUUUAUUUAUUUCACUUUUAUUCUUUCAAGGGAUCUGAAAGCAUAUUGGCCUUGAAACUACCUCUGAUUUAACACUCACUUAAACCCUGUGAAACUACUACCUUCACCAAUAACACACAGCCAUCAGGCUUGAAGUGAGAAGGGGCGCGGGAGAAAGCAGGACGCAGUUUCAGAUACCCCUGUGUUUAUUUCGAACAUUUUAUCUGUGGCUCUGGAUAUCAUAGCGGCAUGGCCAUCUCUCUAUUUGUCCAUCGAGUCUAUACGGUGUCUCUCUCAGACUGGAUGUUACGUUUUGUUUUUUUCUCAUGUGCACUUUUGUUUUUGUCAAACUCAACCAACACUACUAUCACUUUAUCGAGAGGUGACGGAUGAAGAGAACAUUGAAAGACAAGCAAGGACGAAAUGAACAAACUCUAAUUAUAUUACGUAAUAGGGAUGUUAAUAGUUACAUACAUAGGUGAAUAUUACAGUAGCUCAUUCAUGUAUAUGUGUGUGUGAUUUUUAUACAAAACAACAGCGAGCAACAUUUUGGAAGGCGAAACACUUUCAUGUCGACAUUGCCAAAUGUUUUUUUUGUUAUUUAUGUGUUGGUUGUCUAUGUGUUGGAACAAAGAAGUGUAGACAGUGGCCAAAAUAUGUAUUUUAGUUGUAUCAUUCCUGUGCCAAUCCUGACAGAACAGCACAAAGCUGAAACUACAGGGUCUCCAGAGAAGAGAUUAGUUUUCAAAAGGAUGAAGAAGAAAACCGCUGCUAUGACUAAACUAGUAAGAUAUUUAUUUUACUUUUUAAGUGAUAACUUAAAGUGUAUCGAUAUGGUCUGUAUGACUAUUAAAUACCAAGAAGUUAUUAUUGACUUGACUGCUUUAAAACUUUAUGAAGCAUUAAAGGAACAGGUCACACAAAAAUGAAAAUUCUGUCUUCAGUUACUCACCCUCGAAUUGUCCCAAAUCUGUGUACAUAAUAUAUUUGGAGGAAUGCUUGUAACCAUACAGUUCUUGGUUAUCAUUGACUACCAUAGUAGGAAAACUGCUUUAUAUAUUUUAUUCUUCUGUUGAACACAAGUAGAUAUUUUGAAGAAUGUAGGAAAGCAAACAUUUCUGGGGCACUUUUGACUCCAAUUGUCAUUUUUCCUAGUAUGGUAGUCAAUGGUGGCCCAGAACUUUUUUAUUACAAGCAUUCUUCCAAAUAUCUUUCUCUUUGUACAUUAUAACAAAUACUUUUUGGGAACAACCCGAGGGUGAGUCAAUGAUAACAGAAUUUGUAGAAAUUGAGUGAACUCUCCCUUUAAGACAAAAUGACUUCCUGUUGUUUUUAAGAAAGAGUUACUCGCUAUUGUCCUUUGGCUAUUGGUAUCAUUGUUGUUUUCAUUUAGAAAACAAAAGCAGGUUUACAAACAAAUAUAACUACCAAACAAAGUUAAAGCUGCAGUCUGUAACUUGAAAAAAACGAACAAAAAUCUGAUAUUGAGUACAUGAAAACAGUUAAAGCGUGCCCCGAUUCACGAUGGUAAGCUACUGUAUGAUUUAUAUGUUGAGCUUUCGGAUACGAUUUCAUAGGACUUGCUAAUUGUAAAGAAACCUGUUAUUUUAUGCUUGAAACAGAGAUGGCGAUAGAGAGGCAAAGCUACGGAUUGCAGUUAUUACACAUACACAACGUAAUAUAUUUAUUUAAAAAGUUUGUAAUUUAGAUUUUUUUCUAUCAUCUCCAAGAUUACCGACUGUCUCCGUACUGUCUUUCAUGCCAUGUUUGCCUAACUUUACACCGUGCAUCGUUGUCAUUGCCGUUCCCAUCACUGCCUCAUAUUAUCGCUAAAACUUGAUCUAUUGUCGCAAUUAUCUGACAUUCACGUGUUUACAUGAUUACAAACAUUAUCAUGUUUGGACAAGAUGGCAUUGAAUUCCAACUGGCAGUGAAUGCAAACCUUUGAGAAACAGUUGCUAGGCACAGCGCCGAGACAUGAAAGUUUGAAAGAUAAGCAUUUAUGUGCUGAUUCUGAGAUGAAAAGUGUUUGUGCGGCAUAACUUAUCUCAAAGGGUUGUCAAGUCUCAAAGUAGUCGCCUAGUAGUCUUGCUUUUGCCUACCGCAGUGUUAAAAGAACAAAAGCUGAAAAAGUAUGUAUUGUCAGUACUGUACACUGAUUUUGGACAUCCUUCAUGUUUUUGUCUUGAAAGAAAUUUCAACUAAAAUUGUGUUUGUCAGAACAACUCGAAGUAGUGAAAAUACAGUAUGUACAACACAACAAGAAUUUGUAAAGGAAGUUGCUCUGCACCUUUCAUUUUUUGCAACUUCGCUGAAAAUAGGGGCAACUUUGGGGGUCUCUUGCGGGUAGUGUUUGAACAUACGCAGUUUUGACUUCUGUUCCACUUUGACACAUCUGGUAAAGACGGCAAGGCAUGUUGUUCUUAAACUGCUCAAAACGAGACUGUAAAAUUGUACUGUUUGAGGCUUGCAGGCCAAGCUGUUGUUUUACCAACACUGUUGGAUUUCAAGCUGUUGAAGGAUCUGUGCUCAUAACUUGAUUACAUCACACGCAACGGUUUUGUGGCGUUUGAUUGACUUAUUAGGAACUCAGAAAUAGCUGUUUUGAAAUAAUCUGAUAAUGUGAGGGUUUUUGGUAAACCAACGAGCAAGAAGAAAAUGUUACAUGAUACGGUCAAACACAUUUCUAUUUCACUAUUUAUAAAUACUGAAUUAUUAAUGAAACAGUCAUAGACUAAUUUAAAACAAUGCUAUUAGAGUAACAAUAAUUCAAAUCACAGCACCUUGAUGUUUUGUGUCCAUUGUAGACACAGUUUUUCCUUUUUACAUCUCAGUGUUGGGAUUUGAGCUGAAUACUUGUAGUGUUGUCUCUUAUUUUAUUUAUUUUCCAUGCCCUUUGUAGUCCUGGAAGAUGUGAAUCUACCCUGGUGCCAUUAGAAACAUGUUCACAUACAGAUCGUGUUGUGUUCAAAGUCGCAUAUUCCCAUACUGUUUACUCCGUACUGUAUCAUGUUUUCAGUUUUUUUUAUUGUAGUACACUACAUUACAACCAAAUGUUUUCCUGGUUGUCUAAACAUUUUCUAAAUGUAAGGGAACGUGUUCAACUUGAUGCAUUGAAUUGGGGGAAAUCUAUUUUACACGCAUGUGCACACUUCAGUAUGCAUUGGGCAUACUACAUUUCCUGAAAAUGUAUUAUGACGGCUGUUUUUACCACCAUGUAAAACAGUGGAAAACGAAGUGCGACAUGAGAGGUCAAGAUGGGCGUCACAUGCUUACAAGUGUCGCCACAUUAAAUUACCGGGCAUGAGUUUAAGCGGGGCUGAUGUGAUCCUCUACCCUGUAGUUUUGCCUUACCUACAUUCACCGGUACUAAAAAAAAAAUCUCUUUACAUCCAUCAGACCGCAUAUACUCUGUCCUACGAUUUUACUCAUGUGUUAUUACGAAUAACAGUACUAAAGAGUAUAUAAAUGGCAAUGUUAUCAAAUGAUCAUCCUGUGUUCUGUAUUUGAUGAUAAAAAAUGUAUUAAAAAAAAGAAUAAACAUUUAUGCUAUACUCUCA